AUGAAACGACGCCAACGUGUUGCUUAUCUCAGUAGCUUCUGUAUCGUUAUUGUAGUAGUUCGCGCUUUUAAGACCGCACGGAAUCACCGUGAAACUGUUACAAAAUAUUUGUAUACAGUCUGGGUACUGAGGAAGCUUUUGACAUUAAUGGUGCGAAAUUACGUUCGUAAAACCGAUAGAGGGGGUUGGACGGAAGAGCAGAUGAAGAAUGCUGUAGUGGAAAAUAAAAUUAUUACUUAG